UGGGAUUGGAGCAGUGACGUUAUCUGCUGGUGGAAAGAGGGAGGGAGAAAGAGGGACGGCUGGACUCCAUUAAGCCGAAGCCUGCAGGAAAACUGUUUGGGAUACUUCACUUCUUCAGCGAGUUCUUCGGGGAUUUCUUUCUGUUUUUAUUGUCUACAAAAGACUUUAUACAUGAUUUAAAGAGGGGGAACUUGUUCUGUACCGUGUAGUCGACUGUUUUAGUGUUUUCUCGUCUUUGUGAAGGAUGGCGCUGGACGGGAUCCGGAUGCCCGAUGGCUGCUACGCCGACGGGACGUGGGAGCUGAAGAUGCAUGUCACCGACCUCCACAGGGACGUGUCGCUGAGGGUAACUGGGGAAAUCCAUAUCGGCGGAGUCAUGCUGAAACUCGUGGAGAAACUAGAUGUGAAGAAGGACUGGUCAGACCAUGCUUUGUGGUGGGAGAAGAAGAAGACAUGGCUGUUGAAAACCCACUGGACGUUGGACAAGUACGGCAUCCAAGCCGACGCCAGGCUGCUUUUCACGCCGCAGCACAAGCUACUGCGCCUCCAGCUGCCCAACAUGAAGCACAUGAAGGUCAAGGUCAACUUCUCGGACCGCGUCUUCAAGGCUGUGUCCGACAUCUGCAAAACUUUCAAUAUCCGCCACCCAGAAGAGCUAUCUCUACUGCGUAAGCCCCGUGAUCCCAAGAAGAAGAAGAAAAAGUUGGAGGAGGCAGAAGAGGACGAUCUGGAGCUGGAGGGUCCGCUGUUGACCCCUGGAUCAGCCUCUGAGGUAAUAUACAUCGGACCUGUCAAAGGGAGCAUCUACUCCAGUCCGGGCUUGUACAGUAAGACUAUGACCCCCACCUAUGACUCCAGAGACGGCAGCCCGCUGUCGCCCACCACCGCCUGGUUUGGGGACAGCCCCCUCUCUGAGGGCAACCCCAGCAUCCUCGCUGUCAGCCAGCCAAUCUCUUCACCAGACAUCCUGGUCAAACUCUACAAGCCCCAGUCGCUGCUGGACAAAGCCAAAAUCAACCAGGGGUGGUUGGACUCCUCCAGGUCUCUGAUGGAGCAGGAUGUAAAGGAGAAUGAGGUGCUGCUGCUGAGGUUUAAAUACCACAGUUUCUUUGACCUCAACCCUAAGUAUGAUGCCAUCCGAGUGAACCAGCUCUAUGAACAGUCUAAGUGGGCUAUCCUGGUGGAGGAAAUUGAGUGCACAGAAGAGGAAAUGAUGAUGUUUGCUGCCCUGCAGUAUCACAUCAACAAGCUGUCAAUCAUGUCUUCAGACAACCACAUGAAUAACAGUGAGAAGGAGGUGGACGAGGUGGAUGCUGCCCUGUCAGACCUGGAAAUUACUUUAGAGGGAGGGAAGACGUCCAACACACUGGGUGACAUCACAUCUAUUCCUGAGCUAGCGGACUAUGUCAAAGUCUUCAAACCCAAGAAACUGACUCUGAAGGGCUAUAAGCAGUACUGGUGCACAUUCAAGGAUAUCACAAUUUCCUGUUACAAGAGUAAAGAGGAGGCACAUGGGACACCUGCUCACCAAAUGAAUCUGAGAGGUUGUGAGGUAACUCCAGAUGUUAACAUCUCGGGUCAGAAAUUCAACAUCAAGUUGCUAAUCCCUGUGGCUGAUGGCAUGAAUGAGAUCUGGCUUCGGUGCGACAUGGAGAAACAGUACGCCCACUGGAUGGCUGCAUGUCGCUUGGCCUCCAAAGGGAAGACCAUGGCCGACAGCUCUUACAACCUGGAGGUCCAAAACAUUCUGUCUUUCCUCAAGAUGCAACACAUGAACCCUGACCCUCAGUUCAUUGAGCCCAUCACCACCGAUAUCAACCCAGAAUGCCUGGUGUCCCCGCGCUAUCUCAAGAAGUACAAGAACAAGCAGCCAGGCUCUAUCAGGGACUUGAUUUCCACCCGGAUCCUUGAAGCCCACCAGAAUGUGGCCCAGAUGAGUCUCAUCGAGGCCAAGAUGCGCUUCAUCCAGGCGUGGCAGUCCCUGCCUGAGUUCGGAAUGACUCACUUCCUUGCCAAGUUCCAGGGGGGAAAGCGGGAGGAGCUGAUCGGCAUCACUUAUAACCGUAUGAUCCGGAUGGAUGCCAGCACCGGAGAUGCCAUUAAGACCUGGCGCUUCAGCAACAUGAAACAGUGGAACGUCAACUGGGAGAUCAAGAUGGUGACGGUGGAAUUUGCAGACGAGCCCAGUCUGUCUUUCAUCUGCGCCGAGGUGGACUGCAAGGUGGUCCACGAGUUCAUCGGCGGCUACAUCUUCCUGUCCACGCGUGCCAAGGACCAGAACGAGUCUCUAGAUGAGGAGAUGUUCUACAAGCUGACCAGCGGCUGGGUCUGAGCUGCCCCCAAACCACCAGGGGCCAACGAUUGUAGGUCAGGGGCCAGGAGGGGAGUGGCCGGGGGUGGAACCACAGUGUAUGGGGUUUAUUUUAUUCUAACUCUUUCUCGGUCUGUUUAAUUGUUCGGAGCUGUGCUGAAGAGUCCAGAACGACACUAAAAUUGCCACGGCUGACACCGUUUUUAUUGUUCUAGUUUCUUUUCUUUUUUUUUGCAUUAACGCUGACAAGGUCAUUUGUUACAACACUAACAUUCUGGUGAAUGCAGUCCCGAUAAACUUUUGAACCUAAACUCCUGUGGUUAAGCAGAAGCCUUACACUCACCUGAACCAGGAAGUUCCUCUGCUCUCCUACGACCACCUGCCUCCUCUCCUCCUGGACUGAUGGCCGUCAACUUACGUCCAUGACAACCCUCUAAAAACCAAUCAAACGCCACAUUGAAUCCCAAAGAAUCUUUUUUUUUUCCCUCUUCACUCUUUCUCUCGCUGCCUUUUCUCUUUUCUUCUAGAACUGGGCUAAAGGAGCUGACAUCAAACUGUCAUUAAAACAUAUUUGAAUCGUAGUGCCACAGAUAGCUACAGUUUAUUGAAUUAUUUAUCCUAAAAGACGGGCUUCAUCAAAGAGUCCAAUCAGAAGGCCAUCUGUGACCAGCAGAGGCCACUGAGGCACUACAUGUCCAUCCUCUCUAUGAAGGGGUUAAUCUCUUUGAAGUCACAUGUAAGCACUUCUACAGUAUACAGUCCUGUUAAUGAAUAAGCUGUUGGUAAAUUUCCUUUCGCUUUUGAUGUGUGUUGUCUUGUUUCGGAGCUCGCCCAGAGUGCCGAGUCUCUCUAAUGAAUUCUUAUUGUAUUAGCCGACAGGUGUGACGUUGAGAGCCUGACCUUUUUUGUUUUGUAUUUAAUAUACUGUUAAUAGUGAGCAUGUCUGGAGACACACUACAGUUCAGUGCACUGGGAUGAGCGUCCUGCGGGUUUGAAAAUCUUUUCCGACGGAUGUAAAUGUGCAAAGAUUUCCAUCUUAAAGAAAGCCAUUGAUGUCUAGUUUUCAGAAUAUGCAAUGUUUCUCAAACAAGUUUUUCAAUUACUUUCAUCGGUCGGUAUGUGGAACUAAAUGUAGAAUACUAACGUUCACGUGUAAAUUAAAAAUAUCAUCCGCCUUGUUUUUAAAAGUAUUUGAAGACUCGACGUGGAGCGACAUGACUUUUCAAGACGUCCAUUAUCUUAGGCAGUCCCCCUUUUUUUUUUUUUGGAAGGUACGGUGUUUUCAUUUUGCCAAACAUGUCUGUUCAUGGCUGCUGUUCUGACCACAGCUUUACGUUGUUAAAUCUCAACAUCAUGUUUGAAAUUGCAUCCAAAGAUUUCUAAACCCCUGGGAUCUCAUUGCUAAGUGCAUGUGCACGACGUAACAGGAGGAAUCAUCACUCCCUUUUACCACCUUUUUACUCUAUUGCCAUUCUGUCUCUCACACCAUAUAGUAUUAUUAUUAUUAUUAUUAUUAUCAUUUUUAUCAUUACACACCAGCAAAAGGUCACCGAGUUUGAAGAAUGAAUAUGCAACGUUUUCCUUUCUUCUGUCCUCGGUAUGAAGGAUCAGUAAAUGAAGUAUUAUUUCUUUUGUAACUAAUGUAAAAACACAAACGUUUUAUAGAAUUGUACAGUUUUUUUUUUCUGCUUUUUUUGG